CGAGAGCAGGCGGAGGAUAACUUUGUUCUUAACUUAUGGAAGCUUGGAGAGAGGAUCUGAAAAGGCUGCGGUUGAUAUGGGAGCGCUCGUAGGAGUAAAGGAAGGCGCUGGAUUAUUAUCGGUGGCUUUUGUAUUUGAGUCUUCGUGCAAAGCCCGUGCAGUCAUUUAGUGCGGACAGAGGGUCUCUGUGCGGUGCCUGCAGGAGGAGCCAUUGACAGACACAAGGGUCUCGUAAUGGUCUUUCGCACAGACGAUUGAAAUGCAAAACAGGAGCAGUGUGUAUCAAAGUGAACAUCCAGAAACAUGAUCUAAUAGUAGGUUCAGAAGAUCAAUCCACUACUGGGUGCUCGCUGGUGGCUAUGCACAUAUUUCUCUUGACGUUGGUUCAUCAGAAGAUAUUAAUGGAUAAUUUGAUGCAACCACAUUCUGGAGAAGCUGUACAUAUUAAGGAGGAUUCCAUUUGGAAUAAAUCUGUGGUGGAAAUGAAGAGGCAAAUUCAGUUUUAUGUAUAAUUUUCUAUUUUUGUGACAGAUCUCAUGAAACCAGUGUGUUUUCUGGAGUGGUUGCUCCAGGGGAAAAUUAUCUUUUCACAAAACAAUGAUAGACCUCUUUUAUUGUGGAAUCUUUUAAGGCUGACCACAUUUUCAGAUCAUGACAAGUUUGAAAAGGUCCCAGACUGAAAGGCCUGUUGGAAGUGGGAAUCAGACAACGGUACCAGAUGGCUUACAGAAAGCUCGUUCAGAUGAUUUUUAUAUGAGGCGCUUCAGAUCUCAGAAUGGUAGCCUAGGGUCUUCUGUCAUGUCUCCUGUAGGGCCACCACGUAGCGAGAGUUCGCAUCAUAUAACAUCUACCCCAGGUGUUCCAAAAAUGGGAGUAAGGGCAAGAAUAGCAGAUUGGCCACCUAGAAAAGACAAUGUGAAAGAAAUGGGCAGAUCUAGUCAAGAUGUAGAGACAGCAAGUAUUGACACUAUGUCUGUUAAAAGUAGCCCAAGUAGUCAAGUUAGCACGUCUAGUGUUAAUUCCAGUGAUUCUGCUAUGUUAAAGAGUAUACAAAACACACUUAAAAGUAAAACAAGGCAAGCAGAAAUACUGGACUCCAGGUUUCUUACCCCUGAUGGGUAUUCGAGCGCCAGUUCUCCAAGGAAGGUACAACGUAGAAUAAGGCAACGAAGUAACAGUGAUAUUACCAUUAGUGAAUUUGACAUGGACAACUUUGAAGAGUGCUUGUCACCAACCUUUAAAACUGGACCUUCACUCCACAGGGAAUAUGGAAGUACAUCCUCCAUUGACAAACAGGGCACCUCAGGGGAUAGUUUCUUUGACAUAUUAAAGGGAUACAAACAUGAAAAAUCUGGCCACAGAGGUCAUGCCUCAUCUAAAUUAAGUGAACUUUUAUUAAGCAGUGGAAAUAGGGGGUCUGGAUUCUCAUUAGAUGUUAUUGACAGCCAGAGAGAUGGUAACAGGUCUUACAGAGACAGAGAUAAGCCACUCAAAAGACGAUCCAAGUCAGAAACAGGGGAUUCUUCCAUUUUUCGGAAAUUACGAAAUGCAAAAUGUGAAGGAGACCUAGGAAAGUCUUCUGACAUGGACGAUGCACGGUCUGAUGACAGCCUUAAACCAUGGACCUGCCCAAAAUGUUUUGCCCAUUAUGAUGUUCAGAGUGUUUUAUUUGAUUUGAAUGAAGUUAUUAUUAAUAGGCAUAAUGUUAAUAAAAGAAAAAACACCACAACUGGAGCAUCUGCUGCUGCUGCAGCUUCUUUAGCAGCUGGACCAUUGUCUCACUCCUCAAGUUUUAACUCUCCUACAGGCAGUACAGAGGAUUUGAACUCUAAAGAGAACCUUAAUAUGGACCAAGGGGAUGACAAAAGCAAUGAUCUUGUAAUGAGCUGCCCUUAUUUUCGAAAUGAAGUGGGCGGAGAAGGAGAAAAGAAGGUUAGCCUUUCCAAAUCAAAUUCUGGGUCCUUUUCUGGGUGUGAUAAUUCCUCCUUUGAAUCUUCAAUAAGUUCACAUUGUACAAAUGCUGGUUUGGCUGUGCUUGAAGUUCCAAAAGAAAACCUUGUUCUACACCUUGACAGAGCAAAGAAAUAUAUUGUGGAACAUGUGGACCUUGGUGCCUACUACUAUCGGAAAUAUUUCUAUCAGAAAGAACACUGGAAUUACUUUGGGUCAGAUGAAAACCUUGGCCCUGUAGCUGUGAGUGUUAGACGUGAAAAGCUGGAAGAUGCAAAGGAAAAUGGACCUCAGUAUAACUAUCGUGUGAUCUUCAGAACCAGUGAGCUUAUAACACUGCGUGGUUCCGUUCUUGAAGAUGCCAUUCCUGCAACUGCUAAACAUGGCACAGCCAGAGGAUUGCCUCUUAAAGAAGUGCUUGAGCAUAUUGUUCCUGAACUCAAUGUGCAGUGCCUCAGAUUGGCCUUCAACACUCCCAAAGUUACAGAACAACUCAUAAAAUUGGACGAACAAGGGCUAAGCUACCAGCUGAAAGUUGGCAUCAUGUACUGCAAGGCAGGUCAAAGUACUGAAGAAGAAAUGUACAACAAUGAAGCAGCAGGACCGGCUUUUGAAGAAUUCCUACAACUCUUAGGAGAACGGGUACGACUAAAGGGAUUUGAGAAGUACAGAGCUCAACUCGAUACCAAGACGGAUUCUACUGGUACUCAUUCUCUGUAUACUACCUACAAAGAUUAUGAGAUUAUGUUCCAUGUCUCUACAAUGUUGCCGUAUACACCAAACAACAAACAACAGCUACUGAGAAAACGUCACAUUGGAAACGAUAUUGUGACAAUAGUUUUUCAGGAACCUGGAGCCCAACCAUUUAGCCCUAAGAACAUACGUUCCCACUUUCAGCAUGUUUUUGUAAUUGUGAGAGUGCACAAUCCUUGCACGGAUGCUGUCUGUUACAGUGUUGCCGUUACAAGAUCCAGAGAUGUACCAGCCUUUGGACCGCCAGUCCCAAAAAGCUACACUUUCCCUAAAUCUACUGUGUUCAGGGACUUUCUCCUGUCAAAAGUCAUUAAUGCAGAGAAUGCAGCUCACAAGUCAGAAAAAUUUCGAGCCAUGGCAACAAGGACCCAUCAGGAAUACCUGAAAGACCUUGCUGAAAAAAAUGUAACAAACACUUCUAUUGAUUCAUCUGGAAAGUUUCCAUUUAUCUCCUUAGCAUCAAAAAAGAAAGAAAAGUCAAAGCCAUAUUCAUGGGCUGAACUUCAUAGCUCUGGUGCCAUAGUGUGGAACGUCCAAGUGGAGGAUUUCAGUAAUGCUUUGGAGAUGGAAUGUUUGUUGUGCAUCUCUAAUGAAAUACUGGCCCUUAUUGAACUGGAAGCCAAGUGUGUUAUAUUUAACUGUUCGAGCCGUGAUAUCAUUGGUUGGACCUCUAAUACAGCUACAGUUAAAAUUUUCUAUGAACGAGGAGAAUAUAUUUUCAUAAGGAGUUACACGAACAACACUGAUGACAUCAAAGAGAUUGUCAAAAGGCUAGAAAUCAUUACAAAGGGAUGUGAGACUGUGGAGAUGACCCUUCGAAGAAAUGGUUUGGGGCAGCUUGGCUUCCAUGUGAAUUAUGAAGGAAUUGUUGCAGAAGUGGAGCCUUAUGGCUAUGCCUGGCAAGCCGGUUUACGACAAGGUAGCAGACUGGUAGAGAUCUGCAAAGUUGCAGUGGCCACUCUUAGCCAUGAGCAGAUGAUUGAUCUUCUUAGAACAUCAGUAACUGUAAAGGUCAUAAUCAUUCCUCCUCAAGAUGAUGGCAUUCCACGCAGAGGUUGCUCUGAAACGUACCGUAUGCCAACAGUGGAGUAUAAAAUGAAUGAGGGGGUUUCUUAUGAACUCAAAUUCCCAUUCAGAAAUAACAACAAAUGGCAAAGGAAUGCCGCCAAAGGAGAAGCAGCUCAAUUGCGACAAGUUCCUUCUCAGCUGCAGAGUCCAGUGUCUUCAAGAGUUGCAUCUGCAAAAGGAGAAGCUAAAUCCCAAACUCCUGAACGUAGCGCCAACAUUCCAAGGAGCAUAUCCAGUGAUGGUCGCCCACUGGAGAAUAAGAGGCUUUCUCCUGGCUCAGAUGUCUAUGUCUCAGUUUCAUCUGUAGCUAUUGGACGAACUCCACAGUGUCGCAGCUCUCCCAGCAACCUGUCAUCAUCCAGUGACACAGGCUCCAGUGCAGGUUCCCAUCGCAGACAGAAAUCCAUGCCUGAAGGGUUUGGAGUUAGCCGUAGGUCACCUGCAUCUAUCGAGAGGCAGAGUACCCAAAAUGAUACUUUAAGCAGUGGCAAAUCUACACCCUGUUGGCAGAGAAGUGAGGACAGCAUUGCAGACCAAAUAGAACCAACAUGCCAUCUCCCUGCUGUUUCUAAAGUACAUCCAUCAUACAGAGAGAGCCCCACUGGAAGACUGAUUCGUCAGGACCCUGUGAGUCAUCUUUCUCCACACAAACAGGGACAGACCGAUAGCCAUUACUCCAGUCACUCUAGCACCAACACGCUGUCCAGCAAUGCAUCAAGUGCUCACAGUGAAGAGAAGUGGUAUGACAGUGGAGAGCGCAUGGAUUCUGAGUUAAACAGCUACAGCUACAUUCAAGGAACGUCAGCAGAUAGCGGCAUAGACACCACCUCCUAUAGCACAAACCAUGUCAGUGCAACUUCACAUGGUGCUUGCUCAACAUCUCCACGCUCUGGUCCUCCUAAGGAGAAGGUGGCACCUCUGUGGCACAGUGUCAGUGAUGUGGGAUUAAUUUCUGAUAGGACUUGUGACAGAGACUCUCAUUCGUUAGAAGGGAAACAGGAGUCCCCUGUAAAUAUAGAAAGUCAAGCUAAAUGCCAGCUUGUCUCUAAGCAAUUAACAAGAGAGAACAGUGCAUAUAGUCUCAGUGAUGGUGCUUCUCACACAAGCACCAUGAGCUCUCGGCACUCAGCAAGUCCUGUUGUCUUUACUAGUGCACGAAGUUCACCCAAAGAAGAGUGUCAUUCUACUUCUCCACAACUUGCCCCUUCUUUUUCCUCUUCCUCUUCUUCCUCCUCUGGUCCUAGGACCUUCUACCCACGUCAGGGUGCUACCAGCAAGUACCUGAUUGGAUGGAAAAAACCUGAAGGGACAAUAAACUCUGUGGGCUUUAUGGAUUCAAGAAAGAGACACCAGAUGGAUUGUAAUGAACCACCUACAAGAUUACGUGCUUCUAUCAGAGACCUACAGGCAUCUCCAAAGAGGGUGUCUUCAGUACAAGAUGAAUUAAAGAAGCUCAUUGACCUGGAUAGCUCACCACCUGGGUCAGAAAAGACUUUAAAGACCUCUUUCCCAUCAACAUCAUCCACCAGGCGAUCAUUGCACAGGACUUUGUCAGAUGAGAGUAUUUACAGCGGUCAGAGGGACCUGAUGUUUCUUAACUCAAGAACUUCACUCUUGGAUCAAGCUCUGCCUAACGAUGUUCUCUUCAGUAGUACCUAUCCGUCACUAAACAAAUCGCUUCAAUUACGUAGGCCAUCAUAUACAUUGGGUGAAUAUUCUGCCUCUGAUACUUCCCUCACAGACAUCCAUGAUCAAAGGAGGCAAACCAUGGCUGAUCCAGGCCUUAUGCCCCUUCCAGAUGCUGCUUCUGACAUAGAAUGGUCAAACCUGGUAGAUGCUGCAAAAGCCUUUGAGGUUCAAAGAGCAUCAUUUUUUUCUCCUACGGAUGAGGACAACAGACCUGCAAGCUCUGCUUCUGUGGAUUUUCAGUCUGAGGAACAGACAGGCACUCGAGCUAAUCCUUACUUUGGGAAAGAGUCUCCUACCACAUUAGCUUCAAAAGUGGAACAAUUAGAAAGCAUGCUAAAGAUGCUCCAAUACGAUUUGAAAAAGGAAAAAGAGGAUAAAGCCAAUCUGCAGGCCGAAAUUCAGCUGUUACGAGAAGACAACUUGCGCUUACAGGAGGAAUCUCAGAAUGCCUCAGCCAAGCUAAAGAAAUUUACUGAAUGGGUUUUCAACACUAUUGAUAUGAGCUAAAAUACAUUAAUUUUAUUUCUCCAGUCCACAA